UAUCCGUCUGUGGAUGCCGUGUAUCUGAUCUGUUUUCAAGGAAACGUAAACAAACGUGCGAAAGGAGAAAAGGUUUAUGAGAGCUUGUAAACCCGAGUGAAUGAAUUAUUUCUGUUAUCAGUGAAAUUAGUCUUCAAAAUGGCAUUACGCACCUAUGGAGAUAAACCUAUAAGUUUUCAAGUGGAGGAAAAUGGAGAGUAUUACUGUAUUGGGUCAGAAGUUGGUAAUUACCUGCGUCUUUUUCGUGGGUCUUUGUAUAAGAGAUAUCCUGGCAUGUUCAGAAGAUCCAUAACCAAUGACGAACGUAAGAAAUUAGUGGAACUUGGGCUGAGUCAGCACGUUCUUGCAUCUAGUGUUUCAUUGUUGAGAGCUAGCGAGGUGGAAGAUAUUAUCGAGGGCAAUGAUGAUAAAUAUAAAGCUGUAUCCGUACAUUCGACUGAACCACCAGCACCUAGAGAGGGUAAAUCCAAGAAAUCGAUGGCAUGGGUACCUAGCCUACCAAAUAGUUCACAUCUGGAUGCAGUUCCUCAAGCUACACCAAUAAAUCGAAACAGAGUGCACAAUAAAAAAGUUAGGACAUUCCCAUUAUGUUUUGAUGAUACAGAUCCAUCGGCAAAUUUAGAGAACGCCGCGCAACAGGAAAUGCUGGUUCCAAUACGUUUAGACAUGGAAAUUGAAGGUCAAAAAUUAAGAGACACUUUUACUUGGAAUAAAAAUGAAAGUCUUAUAACACCUGAACAAUUUGCUGAAGUACUAUGCGAUGAUUUAGACUUAAAUCCAUUAACCUUUGUUCCUGCAAUUGCACAAGCAAUAAGACAGCAAAUAGAAGCAUUCCCUCAAGAGACAAUUUUAGAAGAUCAAUGUGAUCAGAGAGUAAUAAUUAAAUUAAAUAUACAUGUGGGUAAUACUUCUCUAGUAGAUCAAGUAGAAUGGGAUAUGUCUGAGAAGGAGAAUAAUCCAGAGAAGUUUGCGAUGAAGCUUUGCGCGGAACUUGGUCUCGGUGGCGAAUUUGUUACCGCUAUCGCAUAUAGUGUACGUGGACAAUUAUCAUGGCAUCAAAGAACGUAUGCAUUUUCUGAAGCACCUCUACCGACCGUAGAAGUUCCCUUUAGACCUCCAUCAGAGGCUGAUCAAUGGGCACCGUUUUUAGAAACCUUAACAGAUGCAGAGAUGGAAAAGAAGAUACGCGAUCAAGAUCGAAAUACUCGACGUAUGCGACGUUUAGCAAACACGACCCCUGGUUGGUAGAAAAAGCACAUCUAGAAAAAGAACACUCCAUACUCACAUCUACAUUUUUCAACCAAUCUAUCAUCCUAAUUUUUAGUAUCCCCUCAUAUAAGAUUUAUAAGUAAUGAUAUAAUUUUUAUUAAGAUAUCAUCAUAGAAUAUAAAAUAUGCGGAAGUAAUUAUUUGUAAAAAUAACGAAUAGUUGCGUUUAUUUAAAAAAGAAUGUAACUGUAUAAUCAGACAUCAUUGUUUAUGAAACAUUCUUAUAUACAGGGUAUUCCAGAUCUAACGAGUCAUUCUUCAAUUUAGAAUCUACUUUUUUCCAUUUUUGUAUAAUUUAAAAAUCUUUUUUUCCAAUUUAAUUUAUUAACGGUCAAUUUUGUGUAUUAUUGUGUGAAAGAAAACUUUUAUAUCGUACGUGCAUAUAGUGUGAUUGAAAAUGUACGUACAUAUCAUAUAACACUUCAAUUAAAGUGUAAUGACAGCUGACUGUGAUGCAACACCUGAACAGUAAGAAAUACAACUAAAAUUGUUUUAAGAAAAUUAUAUACUAUAUUAAAUAUAUCUUUAAUAUUUUAUUUUAAAUCUAUCGGAAUAUAUAUUAUAAAAUCUAUUGCAAUUAUCUGUUUUAGUCAGCAAUCGUACGACGAGAUAAUAGAUCACGUGAUUAUACUCAUUCAUGAUAAAUGCUUAUCGCAAAGCACAUGUCUCGAAAAUUAUUUAAAAUUUUGGCAUCUUGUUACUCACGCGGAUCAACAUCUCAUUAUACUGCCUGACUGGAUUGAAUGUAAAAGGAAAUCUUGAAGGAAAAGACAAUUACGCUUUAAGAUUUAUCUUUGGUGAAUGUAUAUUGGAAUGUAAAUUAAUUACUUUACUUCAUUAUAUCUUUUUUUCUACUUUUGUGUAAAAUGUAAAAUGUAAUACAAUGCUCUACUCUCUGAAGA